AUGUCUCUCAAUGGCAAAGUCGCACUGGUUACAGGCGCCGCACAGGGCAUGGGAAGGGCAAUCGCUAUGCGACUCGCCAGUGAAGGCGCAAGCGUGGUCGCCACUGACAUCAACGGCAGGCUGGUCGAACAGACCAGUAUUGACAUCAGAGAACUCGGUCACGAAGCCAUCGCAGUCGAGGCCGACAUUGGCGACAUCGACGAUAUCAACCGCGUUGUCGAUGAGGCGCUGAACGCAUUCGGCCGCAUAGACAUACUGGUGAACAACGCCGGAGUUACCCGUCACGCGGGCAUUAUGGACCUGACUCCGGAAGACUGGGGACAGAAUCCCACCGCGUCACGCCAGGGGCUUGUUUCUUCUUCUGCCUUCAGCGAGUCGCCCGGGAGAUGA